AUGGUCUAUGGUGGGAAGCCCUCGAGAGGGUGCCGCACAUGUCGACAACGUCGUAUAAAGUGUGACGAGGAAAAGCCUACAUGCAAACGCUGUGAGAAGUCCCGAAGAGAGUGUGGUGGUUACCGGCCCGAGUUCGAGAUCGUCCACCGAGACCAGACCAAAUCCACCGUUCAUCGUUUGCGCAACGCACAAAGCACAUCACCGCCUCCACCGCUCGCCGACGCUGCCGAAUACAGCGCUCGCGCUCUUGUCUUUGUGCAGGAAGAACCUCAGUCAUGGGGCUUGGAUAGCGCGAGCCCAUCCCCGGUGUUAACAGUACCUCUUGCACAGCGAGCAUCGUGCUACUUUGCCUCCAACUUUAUCCUCGUGCCCCUGACUGAGAGUACCCCGCACGGGUUCAUGGAGUAUCUUAUUCCACUCAUUGAAUCAGAACCAGCCGAGAGUUCCCUGCGCUACGCCUUCAACGCCUGCGCAUUCGCACUUCUCAGCCAUCACAACCGAUCCGACAGUAUUGACCUUGCUCAGCUAUCUCUCAAAGAGCAUACACUUGCGCUCGGGGGGACUUAUAAAGCCCUCGGCCACCCCACCAAAGCCACCGCCCACGCCACGUUAGCUACGGUGCUCCUGUUGUCUUUAUAUGAGAGUAUCACUGCCAACAGAGAAAGUCGCAUGCUAGCGUGGCGCUCGCAUAUCGAUGGCGCCGUCAACAUCAUUAAGUCGCGAGGCCGCGAUGACAUCUGCCGAACAAAAAUAGGGGCCCUGCUGUUCUCAGCAGUUCGGCACCAGCUGGUCUCACGGACACUGUCCUCGGGCAUGCCGAUUCCCUUUGGUACAAACUGGUGGAUGUCAAGUGGUGUUGAAAACAACACGCUGCUUGCCACAUCUCAGCAUCUCGCACUCAAAUAUACAGACCUCCGAACAGAAUCGAACCACUUGCUAGUAGGGCAAGCCAGAUCCCCUCAGUCCCUGGAGCAAAUUUACCGGCUCAUCCAGAAAGUAGAGGCCCUAGAUCGCGAAAUCAUUAGCUGGCAAGCCUCAGUUCCAAGACAGUUCUGCUUUCAGACCUUGUGCUGGGUCUAUGAGGACGACAUCGGCCUGUCCAAGGGUGGAGACUACGCCAAAGUGGAUGUGUUGCCAGGCCGCGUUGACAUAUACCCCGACUUUGUCACUGCUAGUGCCUGGAACAUUUCAAGGGUCUCUCGGUUGCUGUUGGCAGCGCUCAGUAUCCGCUUGACGGCGUACUGUUGUUCUCCCAUUGACUAUCGCACGACCCCGGGAUACCACAGUUACCUGCUAGAGAUAGCGUAG